UUUAAAGACCCCGCCCCCGGAGGCGGGCUGAUUGCUGCUGACGGAAGCGAAGAUGGCGGCGGCCACCUCGGAGCUGCUGACGGGAUGGUGCCUCUUCGGCCUCGCGCUGCUGGCUAUUCUGAUUUUCUCCUGGGUUUAUGUGCGCAAGUAUCAGAGUCGGCGAGAAAGUGAAGUGAUUUCUACCAUAACAGCUAUCUUUGCAUUGGCAGUUGCUCUAAUUUCAUCAGCAUUACUACCAGUGGACAUCUUCCUGGUUUCAUAUAUGAAAAAUCAAAAUGGUACAUUUAAGGACUGGGCUGAUGCUAAUGUUUCAAGACAAAUUGAAGACACUGUACUUUAUGGAUACUAUACCUUAUACUCCAUCAUAUUGUUCUGCGUCUUUCUGUGGAUACCAUUUGUUUAUUUCUAUUAUGAGGAGAAGGAAGAAGAUGAUGGCAACACAUGCUCACAGGUUAAAACUGCGCUCAAAUAUACUCUGGGAUUUAUCACAGUUUGUGCAGUUCUUCUCUUAAUUGGUGCUUUUGUUCCUUUGGAUAUUCCCAACAAGAAGAAUUCCACAGAAUGGGAGAAAGUGAAGCUGCUUUUUGAAGAAUUUGGAAGCAGCCAUGGCUUGACUGCUCUUUCAUUUUCUAUUAGUUCCUUGACUGUGAUUGGAAUGUUGGCAGCUAUCACUUACACAGCUUAUGGUAUGUCAGCAUUGCCUCUGAACUUGAUUAAGGGAACUACCAGUGCAGCUUAUGAACGUUUGGAGAACACUGAAGAUAUUGAGGAAGUGGAGCAACGGAUAUUAAGGAUUAAGUCAAAGUGCAGAGAUGGUCGACCUCUAUCAUCAAGGGAUAGACGAGCUGUUCAACAACUAGAGGAGAGACUAAGGACGCUUCGAAGGAGAGAGAGGCAUCUGGAAACCAUUGAGAAAAGUUGGUGGUUGAAGUUCUGUGAAGCUAUCCGACCUCUGAAGAUUGUAUGGGGAGUAUUCUUCAUCAUUGUAGCACUGCUCUUCACAGUCUCUCUCUUCUUGUCAAAUUUAGACAAAGCUCUACAUUCAGCUGGCUUUGACUCUGGAUUUAUAAUUUUAGGAACCAAUUUGACCAAUCCAUUGAAUAUGCUGCUACCUGUUCUUCAAACAGUUUUCCCACUUGAUUAUAUUCUUAUUACAACUAUUGUUAUGUACUUUAUCUUCACUUCAAUGGCAGGGAUUCGAAAUAUGGGUAUUUGGUUCUUCUGGAUAAGGCUUUAUAAAAUCAGACGAGGAAAAACUAGACCUCAAGCACUAUUAUUUCUCUGUAUGAUACUUCUGUUGAUAGUUCUUCAUACAAGUUACAUGAUCUACAGUCUUGCUCCUCAAUAUGUAAUGUAUGGAAGCCAAAAAUACCUGGUACAGAGUAAUAAGACAAUUGAUGGCCAGCCAAAGAAUGUCACAGCAUUUGUAGUGAAAGACUGUGAUGCAGAUGCACCUGAAGAUCAGUGUAUUGUUACUCGUACAUACCUUUUUCUUCAUAAAUUUUGGUUCUUCAGUGCUGUCUAUUACUUUGGGAACUGGGCAUUCAUUGCAGUCUUCUUAAUUGGAUUAAUUGUAUCAUGCUGCAAAGGCAAGAAGUCAGUCAUUGAGGGUGAACUGGAUGAAGAUGAUUCAGACAUGAGUGAUGAUGAACUGUCAGCUUAUUACUGUUGAUAGCCUUUUGCCUUCAAGAUAGGAACAUGCAACUUAAUAUUUUGUUGAAAGUAAUAUCCCCAUGGAAUUGCUAUCAAAAUAAACAUCCUUGCACCUGUAAAAUAGAGAAAAUAAGUGUACUUCCUAACAUGAGGUCAAAAAAUGCUUGAAAACGAUCACUGUAUCAGAGCAAAUUGUGAAACUGAAUUUGAAUAAUACAGAGAACUGUUUUAUGACGUAUGUGUAACUUUCUAAUGUACAGUUUGAUAAACUGACUGCUGUUAUUUCAUAACUCAUGUUGUUUCUCUCUUGUGCUUUUUAAAUAUUUUCAUACCAAAUUUACAGAGCACUGUUCUUUUUAUUCAAGCUUAUAAAUAAAAUCAGCUAAAAUCCUACAAAACAGCUGGUAUAAACAUUGCUAGAAAAACUUGUGUUGAGUUUUCACUUUCAGGUGGAUGCAAUUUCUGCAUGAGCAUUGACAUUUCUGGAAUUUCUGUUUAAAGCUAUAGCUGGUAAGAAACUUUACUUAAAAUAGGCCAGAGCCAUGAACUUGAAGUAGCAAGUUCCUAGUAUGUGAAUAAUGUCCUUUUCACUGUUGUCACCACUAAGCUACGGUGGAAUCCUCUAAUAACUAUGAGCUGUCUUUUUGGCCUUGUCAGAGGAAGUCAUUAGUAUAAAUGACAAUAUUCAGUGUGGUUGCAGUGUGUUGGUAUAGUUCAGUUCUGAAGAUGCUGGCUGCCAGGCUUAUAACCAAUGAAAAAGUGAAGAUCUCAACUUCUAAUAUUUUUUUCUGUGACUUUUUUAAUAUUUAACAUGGAUGUUGCCAACUUGUUUACAAGCCUGUAUUCAUAUAAACAUAGUUCUUAAACAUAUUCAUGUCUUUUUAAAAUAAGGUUAGUUACACUGUUACUGAGCUGUAUUUUUGAGGCUGAAAGUGUGUCUUUGCAUACUCAUUGGUGACAAGUGAAAGAAAAUAUUAGUACAGAUUUCUAAAGUUCUAAUGCUAACUGAAGUUACAAUUUAGAAUAUCUCUUUAUAAGUCAAACUGACCAUUAUUAAACUGUGUGGAAAUUAAGUUCUACUUGUUUGUGGACUCUUCAAAAAUCACAGCUUGCUUUUUUUUUUUUUUUUUUUGAAAUAGAGUAUGCCUCUCCUUGCAGUUUUUCAGAACAGCAGAGUCCUGGGAACUGCUGAAUUUGAAUUCAGUUCCAGUAUUGUAAGUCUUUUUAAGAGAGUUGCUUAGUCAAUUUGUGGGUACUGGUAACAAAUAGUGGACUCUUACUAAAAAAUUCAGUUUUUUUCCUGUAAGUAUUCAGUGCCAACUACUGCAAUAUCCAUGUUGAUGUGGCAAACUGGAAUGUAGAUCCUGAUCAUAAGCUAAGCAUAUGUAGCCAAGACUGCUCAACUAAUGGCAACAAAUUUGUUUGCUACCAGUGAGACAUUUUAAAGGUCAGAUGAAUUCAGAUGUUGAGAGCAGGUACUGAAGCUUGAUUAGGCAUUCUAUGCUCCCUUAAACUAGAAUGAGCUGAACUCUAUUUAAACAUGACCAUGGGGAAACUUGCAGUGAAUUAUUUAUAAGUAGUUCAAAGGAAUCAAACAGAAUGUGGAGCCUGAUGCUGGAUGUCUGGAAGCUCCCUACAAGCUACAUCAAGAGGAUAUCAGCAAUUUACAGCAAAUGCUGCUUUGUGGGAACCCUGAUGGGAAAGUUAAGUGAGCUAAUAUAAAUAAAGUGAACUGCUCAAA